AUGGCACUUCGUUUAUUACAAAAGAUCAACAGCAACGUAAAAGAUCGCCUAGGGGUUUUAGAGACACAUCUGCAGGCAGACACAUUAAUAGGGAGACUGCAGUCUGUGCUAUAUCCCUUGCUGCCAGCAGAAGGAGUAGCAGCAGCGGCAACAGCAGCAGUAGGAAGUGGAGCAGCGGGAGGAGGGGCGGCGACAGCAGCAGGCAGCAACGGGAACCUACAGCAGCAGCAGCAAAUUCAAACUAUUGAAAUUGACGAUGCUGCAGCAGCAAAGGCACAGCAAAUCACGCAGCAUCUGCUGCAGCUCUGCAAGCAGCUGCAACGGCAGCAUGUGCAGCAAACUGCUGCUGAACAGCAGCAGCAGCAGCAACAGCAGCAGCAACAGCAGCAGCAGUGGAGUGCAGCAGCAGCAGCAAAAACAGGUCCUUUAACGCCCAUCACUUCCAACCAAAACAGCAUCGAGCUGCUAUGCAGCAUGCUGCUGCUGCGCUCCCCUGCUGCAGCAGACAGCAGCAGCAACAGCAGCAAGGAUACAGCAUCACCUGCUGUAGAAGAAGCUAUACAAACAGCCAUUGAAGUGCUGCUGCUGCUGUGCGAGCCGCCACCAUUGGCCCGCGGCAUUAUAGAGCAGCAGCAGCAGCAACAACAACAACAGGAAGCUACUAUGCCUCUUGCUGCAGCAGCAGGAAAUGCUACCCCAGCAACUGCAGCAGCUGCUGCUGCAACAACUGCAGCAGCAGCAGAAGAAUGGACAAGCGCAUGCGAAACCUCUGAAGAAUUGCAUGUCCUUGUUGCACUGCAGCAGAACCCAGCAGCAGCAGCAGCAACAACAACAACAACAACAGACAGCAGCCUCAGCAGCAGCAAGGAGGGAGCAGAUGACAACAGCGCAGGUAGGCUGCUGCGGCUGGAAGCAGCAGCAGCAGCUGCUGCUGCUGCUGGGGUACCUGUAGGGGCAGCAGCAGCUGCUGCUUUUGCAGCAAAGGACAAGCAAGCUGCAGCAGCAGCAACAGCAGCAGCAACAGCACAUAUGUUGCUGCUGCGUCGUAUCUGCUGCAACACAGGGGGAGGAGCAGCAAUCGUGCUGCUGCUGCAGCUAAGCAGCAACGAGCUGCAGCUUGAUAGUUUGCUGCUGCUACGGAGGUUGCUGCAGUACAGCAGGAGCCUCGAGGACUAUGAACAGCAGCAGCAACGGCAGCAUCAGCAGCAGCAGCAGCAGCAAACGAGGCCAGACAGCGUUGCAGCAGCAAUUGCUGCUGCAUGCUCACAAGGAGGCUGCUGCAUGCAGCAGUUAACAACAGCAAUUGUUGCUGCUGGCCCCACAGCAGAAGCAACGCGUGCUUAUGCGCUGCAGCUGCUGCUGCUGCUGCUGCAGCUGUCUCCCCCCAUGCGUACUGCAUGCACUAUACAGGGGGGGCUGGAGGCUCUGUUGCGUCUUCUGUCUGUGGAGUUAAAUUUCUUCCCUGGUGAUGCAGCAGAUGCAGCAGCAGCUGGUGGGGACAGCAGCAGCAAUCUUACAACUGCGUCUCCUGAGGCGCUCGCUGCGCUGCGGUGUCUGCUGCUGCUGGCAGCAGACGAGCAUGGCCGUAAGUACAUGCGAGAAGCGCAGCUGCUGCAGCAGCUGUUACUUCUGCUGCGGUUCCUGCAGCAGCAGGUGCUGCAGCAGCUAAUCAGGGAGCAGCAGCAGCUGCUCCUAGGAGACGUGUCAACUGCAGCAGCAACUCCGGAAAAGCAACUGCAAGGCAGCAGCAGCAGCAGCAGACGUAGUGGCCUAGACAAUAUGUACAAGGCGACGAAGCUGCUGCUGCUGCUGUUGCAGCAGUUUGUUGCAUGCAAAGAGGAAGACACCAAUGGGCAGCCAUUUGGCUUCCAGCGGCUGCUGCAAGGUACUGCAGCAGCAGCAGAUGCAGCAGCAGCAGAUGCAGCAGCAGCAGAUGCAGCAGCAGCAGCAGCAAGACAAGAGGGGACUACUGCAGCAGAGUUUGUUAAGAAUUGCUCCGCGCUUCUGCGCUGCGGUCUUCCUUCCGUUUCUGCUGAGUCUGCUGUUGAGUUUGCUGCUGCACUGCAGCAACUGCAGCAGCAGCUGCAGCAGCACCAGCAGCAGCAGCUGCAGGAUCCGCAGCAACAGCAGCAUCAGCAGCAAUUCCUGCAGCACUGCAAUGCAGCAAAACAGCUCCUAGCAGAGGAACUAAGCUUGCUUGUAUCUGCUGCAAGAGGAGCGGGUGCUGCUGCUGCUGCUGCUGCCCUUUCUGCACCGCUGCAGCAGCAGCAGCAGCAGCAAACGGACCCCCUCUCGUGGUUGGUGCAUGCAGCACUUGUGUCAUCAGGAGAUUUGGCUCUGCAGCAAAUGCUGCUGGCUUCACUAGACAUCAUCCUCGCCGGGAACGGUCCGCUGCAGCAGCAGUUGCUGGAUCAGCUAAUUGUUGCUCUCUCCAGCACUCCCGUGCACCAGCAGUUGCAGCAGCAGUUGCAGCAGCAGCUGCUGCUGCUGCAACAGCAACAGCAACAAGGUAAAAGCGCUCUUAUGAGCAUGGCCAAAGUUGCGACACCUUUGUUGCUGCCGCCUGUGAAGGGUGCACAGCAGCAGCAGCAGCAGCAGCAGUUGCAAUUGCAGCAGCAGCAGUUGCAGCAGCAGCAGGUAGUUCCUGCAGCUCUCCGCAUUGCGGCUUUGCUGCACUGGUUAGCUGGGUUUGCUGCUGCUGCUGCUUCUGCAGUGGAGGACACAGCAGCAGAAGCAGCUCUAGCAGCAGCAACCGGAAAGGGCAGCAACAGCAUGAAUGGUUAUGCUGCCAAUUCAGCAGCAGCAGCAGCAUCAGCAGCAGAACCAGCGGCUGACACACAGCUGGAGCAGCGGCUGCUGCAGGCUCGCGCUGCGCUGCAGCUGCUGACGUCAGCUGUACACAGCAACUUGCUGCUGCUGCAGCACUUGCUGCAACGACCCGUUGCUGUCCUUGGGGAGCAGCAGCAGCAGCAGCAGCCCCUACUGCAACAAGCAGCAACAUGCCUGUUGCCCAAGCUCCUGCACGCGCUGAAUAUAGAAGCCCUAAAUUCAAGAAAGGCCGCCUCUUCAUGUGUAACGCUGCUGCUGUCUUUGCUGCUGUCGUCGUUGUCUCCUGCCUGCAUUGCUUUUGGUGUUGCUGUCGGCAGCAGCAGCAACAGCAGCAACAGCAACAGUACCAGUAGCAGCAGUAGCAGCAGCAACAGCAGCAGCAGCAGCAGGCAGCAGUCGAUUGCAGGAGAUGAACCAGCACCUGCAGCAGUAACAGCAGCAGAAGCAGCAGCAUACUUUGCUUCAGCAGUUCAAGCACCUUUGGCAUCGCUACUGCUCUCUCCUCUAGGUCUAGUGCCCCUUGUGCGGCUGCUGCGGCAUGAGCAGCAGCAGCAGCAACAGCAACAACAACAGCAACAGCAACAGCAAGCGGUGCUGCGCGGUUUGGCUGCGGUGCUGCUGCAGCAAUCCAUAGAAGUUCUACGGCAGCAAGAGGCUCUUGUUAAUGCAGACGAGCCUAUACGUACUGCUGCUGCCAACGGCAGCAGCAGCAACAACAGCAGCAGCAAUAGCAGCAGCAACAGCAGCAGUGUUGCAGAAGCUGUGUUGGCGACAGUUGGCAUUGAGGGGUUUUGCGAAAGGUUCUACAAUAUUCUUCAAGCAACCGGUGUUUGGGGUUUAGGGUUUUUAUUGUCAUUACUAAUUUCUUCUUUCGCUGUUUUCUCUCCCCUUAAAAAUAACAGCAGCAGCAGCAACAACAACAACAGUUCUUUUGUUGCUUAUCCUCCUCUGCGCAUGCGUUGGUCCCUUAGCAUUUACCUGCAACAGCAGCAGCAGGGGCAGCAGCAGCAAGAGGUGCUGCUGCUCCUGCCUGCUCCAACUGUGGGACUGCUGCGCCUGCUAGCAGUUCGAGGUCCUCGGCAACUUGUUAAAGCCUUCUUGGCCAGAUGCACCACCGUGUCUUCUCAAACCUCCGAAGCAACUCUUCUGCUGCAAGCGAAGCGGGUUAUUCGUUGGCAGCAAGACAACCUUGAAUCUCUGCGCUACAAUCUUGCUGCUGCUGAGAGGCAUGCAGCUAUGCUGCAGCAAGCAGCAGACCCUAUGCUGUUUGCUGGUCUUGCUGCUGAGGCAACAACGUUGUCCAAGGAGGUGCAACAGCUGCAGCAGGAGCGUGCAGCAACAACAAAGAGAGCAGCAGCAGAGCGGCUGCUGCUGCUGCGUGAGAUAUCAGAGACAAAGGCACAAUUAAGUGCUUUGCUCCUGGAGGUGCUGCAGCAAGAAGCAGCAGCAAAGGCUAGUGGAGAACAAGUCACGAUUCUUGAGGCGCAGCUGUCAACGGUAGAGAAGCCCGCAUCUGAACUGCAGCAAGAAGUCCGCCGUCUUUCUGCUGAACUUGCUGUGCGAAAUAAUCAACUUAAAACAGCAGAGGAACAGCUAGCGGAGCUGCUUGCAUUGCUGGAGUUGGUCGCUACCCGCGUUCCCGAGUCGCUGCAGUACAUGUGUCCCCUUACUGACGCCCCUUCUCAAUACACUGCAGCAGCAGCAGCAGCUGCUGCUGCUGCUGCUGACGAUGCUGCUGCUGCUGCUACGGGUGCUGCGGAUGCUGAUGUUGCUGCACUUGAUGGCCCAGCAGCAACAAUGAGAGGCGAAGAAGCAGCAACGACCGAAUCAGCAAUAACAGCAGCAGCAGCAACAGCAGCAACAACAGCAGCAGCAACAGCAGCAGCAACAACGACAGCAGCAGCAACUCAGCUCUACAGCGGCUGGGAUGGUCGCUCGAUGCAGCAGCAACAGCAACAGCAGCAGAGCUCUCUUACAUCGCAGUUGCUCCCUACCACUGUAGGUAUUGUUGUAGCUGGUGCUGCAGCAGGAGCAGCAGCAACAGCAACAGCAACAGGUGGCGGCGACCCCGUCAGCAGCAGCAGCUACUUGACCAACGGUUUAUCGUCUACAGCUACUGCAGCAACAGGUGCAGCACAGGCUGCAGCAGCAGCAGAAGACAAUAAAAAAGUGGGCCAACAUGACGUGUCGCCGCAGCAACUGGAUCUGCAGCAGCAGCAACUGCAACAGCAGCAGCAGCAGUUCCAACAGUAUUACACACAACAGCAGCCGCAUCAGCAGCAAGAGAUGCUGCAGGCGCAACAGGCAUACGACGCGCAGCAGCAGCAGGUGUAUCCUUAUCAGCAGCAACCCUACGCAUAUCAGCAGCAGCAGUACCCGCAGCAGUACCCACAGCAACAGUACGCGCAGCAGCAGCAACAGUACCUGCAGCAGCAGUACCCGCAGCAGCAGCAGUACCCGCAGCAGUACCCGCAGCAGGAGCAGGAGCAGCCCCUGCAGCACCCUCUGCAGCACGUACAGCAACAGCAGCACCCACAGCAAGACCUACAGCAGCAGUAUCCACAGCAGCAGUCCCCCCAGCAACAGCAGCAGUCCCCAGAGCAGCAACAGCAGCAGCAGCAGCAGCAGCAGUCCCCAGAGCAACAGCAGCAGCAGCAGCAGCAGCAGGAAGAUGACGAUUUAGAAGCCGAAUUAAAAGAGUACAAUUUAUUGAUAUCUUCUGUUGAUGUUUCUUCUCUUUCUGUAAAUCAAUUAAAUGAAUUUAAAUUAUUUAAACAACAAUACCAAUUAUAUCUAGAUAAUAAGAGAAAAGCUAAACAGCACCAGCAGCAGCAGCAGCAGCAACAGCAGCAACAGCAGCAGUAG